AUGGGACAUUUAUUUCUGAUCAUCACAAACAAAAAUUAUACAAUUGUACUUCUAGAUGUUGAAAACAUUGAUGGUCGUACAGAUGAAUCAAUUUAUAACCGAACAAAUGCAUCGGGUAAAGAAGAUGAGGUUGGAGAAGAAACAUCCCAAAAACAUGUUUCAACUGGUGGUCAUAAAAGACGUUCUAUCAAUUGGAAAGGUGGGUCAAAAAAUUUUUUUGAAUAUUAUGGGGAUGAUUAUGAGUUAAGUGAAGUUCAGCCGACCAAAACAAUACCAAUUCCAAAAAGAAUAAUGGUGAAAUGUGUUGCAAGAGAAAGUAAAAAGAAAAAAAGUGUUCAUGUUGAUGGCAGUGAACAAAAAGAAAAAUCAUCUAUUGAAAUGAUGGAAAAUGAAUAUUCGGAAAAGUUUACUACUGCAGAUGAUAAUGAAACAAUGGAAAUGAAUGAUAAAGACAAUAAUAAUCUUCAAGGUUGUGUUAAGAGAAAUACUGUUUUAACUGAUAGUAGCGUAUCUGGUGAAGAAUCGAUUGCUAAUAGUAGCAUUUCACUACAAAACAAUCAUUUAAAACGAACUGCCAUCGAUGAAAAUGAUUAUAGUAGUAAUGAUGGUAUUAUCUCAAGAGCAAUUGAAGAACAGGUGAGAAAUGUCGUUGAGCACAGUUGUUCUCCAAUUGCUGGUAAAACUGAUUCGAGUAUUACGAUUGAAACGAGAAAUCGGUCAGCAUCACCAUUACCAUCACCUCUAAAUACUGAUAAUUCGAUCAAAGCUUCAUCUCCCAAACAACAACAAGUUAUAUCAUCACAAUCGAAACAAAGAUUUACACCAUCACAAAGAAAACAAAAAGUAGCCCGUAUGAAAAAGAUUAUCACUGAAAAUAUCAAGUCAAAAGAAUCUAAAAGACGUUCGUUCGGAUUGCGUUCGAAAACGAAACAAAAACAAACACAUUUAUCUGUUCUCACACCAUCUAAACGGAAAGAAAAUGAUGAAGAUACAAGUACAGCAACAUCCAUAAUUUCACCAAAACGAAAAAAAAUGAAUAAUAAUGAAAAAUUCGAAACAAAAAACUAUCAAAUCUUAACAGAGAAACUAGGAAAAAUUCCUAAAAAAUCAGAUACAGUAUCAAUCACAAGCACUUCAGAAAAAAAUAAUUAG